GUCCCUCUGGGCUUCGCCCGGCACCAUGCAGAAGCUGAGGCGCGCGCCCUGGGGGGCGCUCUCCGCGGUGCUGAUCGUGAUCUGGAGCCACCCGCGCGCAGCGCUGAGCUGUCCCCACCCGUGCGCGUGUUAUGUGCCCAGCGAGGUCCACUGCACUUUCCGGUCCCUGGCUGCCGUGCCGGCCGGCAUCUCCAAGCACGUGGAGAGAAUCAACUUGGGGUUUAACAGCAUACAGGCGAUAUCAGAAACCUCAUUUUCAGGACUGAGCAAGUUGGAGCUACUUAUGAUCCACGGCAAUGACAUACCCAGCAUCCCUGACACAGCCCUAAGGGACCUCAGUUCCCUGCAGGUUUUCAAAUUCAGCUACAACAAACUGCGCGUGAUCACCAGACAGACCUUCCAGGGCCUCUCCAACCUCAUGCGGCUGCACGUGGACCACAACAAGAUCGAGUUCAUCCAUCCGCAAGCUUUCCACGGCUUGCUGUCGCUGCGGCUCCUCCACCUGGAAGGAAACCUGCUCCACCAGCUGCACCCGGGGACUUUCUCCACCUUCACCUUCCUGGACUACUUCCGGCUGUCCACCAUCCGUCACCUAUACCUGGCGGAGAAUGCCAUGCAGAGGCUGCCCGACGGCGUCCUGCAGACCAUGCCUGUCUUGGAGAACCUGUACCUUCACGGGAACCCCUGGUCCUGCGACUGCACCAUGACGUGGUUUCUGGACUGGACCCUCAGAUCCAAAGGAAUCCUGAAGUGUAAGAAAGACAAAGCCUACGAGGGUGGCCAGUGGUGCGCCGCAUGCUCCAGCCCCAGGGAGUUCCAGAAGUGGGAAAUCCUCAAGCUGGUUGACGUCCCUUGUGUGAAACCCUCCAUCGAGUCCUCUCUGAGACAGAACCGAAGCUCCGGGGUCGAGGAGGAGGAGGAGGAGGAGGAGGAAGAGGAGCCCAGGGACAGCGGACUGGCCCUGCAGGAUGUGUCCGCUUUGUCCCGGUGGAACAUCUCCUUCAACAUGACGGAUGAACACGGCAACACGGUGCUCUUGCUGUGCGACAUCAGGAAGCCGAGGGGCAUCCACAGCAUCCACUUAAACCAGACAGAUCCCCCGGAGAUCGAUAUCAAUGCCACCAUCACACUGGACUUCGACUGUCCCAUGACUCGCGACAACUACGAGAAGCUCUGGAAGCUCAUCGCGUACUACAGUGAGGUCCCCGUGAAGCUGACCCGCGAAGUCCUGCUCCGCAAGGGUCCCGGCGUGAGCUAUCAGUACCGUCAGGUUGACGAUGAGGACGCCCUCUAUUACACAGGUGUCCGGGCCCAGAUCACGGCCCAGCCCGAGUGGGUCUUGCAGCAGUCCAUCGACAUCCAGCUAAAUCGGCGCCACAGCACCGCCAAGAAGGUCCUGCUGUCUUAUUCUGCCCAGUAUUCACAAACCAUAUCAGCCAAAGACAUUGUGCAAGCUCAGAGUAGAAGCUGGGUCAUGAUCGAGCCCAGUGGUGAGGCACACAGAGCUCAGACCGUCCUGGAAGGGGUGCCUGCCCAGCUCAGCUGCCAGGUGAGGGCCUCCGAAAGCCCGUCCAUCUCCUGGGUGCUUCCCAGCGGUUCCAUCCUCAAGGCUCCCUUGCAAGAUCCGGAUGGCAAAUUCUCCGUCCUCAGCAGCGGAUGGCUGAAGAUCAAGAGCAUGGAGCCCUCGGACUCGGGUUUGUACAAAUGCAUCGCUGAGGUGCGGGAUGAGGUAGACCAGAUGGUGUAUAGGGUGCUGGUGCAGGCACCCACCGUUCGGCCCCCCGAAGGAUCUGUGGUGACCAUCGAGAAAGACCCAGGGGAGCCCGUCAUGCUUCCCUGUAGCGCAUCUGCCAUCCCAGAAGCCCACCUCAGCUGGAUUCUGCCCAGUAAGAGGAUAAUUGAUGGCUUGGCCAAUGCAUCGCACACGUACAUGUUGGCAGAUGGAACUCUUUCCAUUGCGAGUGUGCAAGCCAGCCACAGUGGCUACUACAGAUGUGUGGCCGUCAACCUGCACGGGGCUGACCAUCUCACCGUGGGGAUCACCGUGAAGAGGAAAGGCGCUAGGCGCCCAGGGAAAAGAGGCAGACGCCCAGGUGCCCAAGCGCACUCUAGAACCCGGGGAGACAUCGCGGAGGAUGAAGGAGGAUCCGGGAUAGGAGAUGAGGAGAAGCCAUCCAGGAAAAGCCUACAUCCGAAGGAUCAAGAGGUCUUCAUUAAGGCAGAGGUCGAGGGCACCCUGGGGGGUAGGACGCCCAAGAAGGCGAGGAGGAAACUAAAAAUCUGGAAGCCCUCGGAGAAACACCAAGAGAGCAACAUCGCAGAAGGCCGGAGGGUGUUCGAAUCCCGGCGCAGGGUCAAUGUAGCCAACAAGCAGAUCAACCCAGAACGCUGGGCAGACAUCCUGGCCAGAGUGCGUGGUGGUAAAACUCUCCCCAAGGCCACUGAAGUGCCCCAGGAAACUGUCACCACCAUGCUUCCACCUGGGAGUCCAGAAGUGAUGUCCCUGUCCCCUGUCAUUUCUCCCCCAUCUGUGUCUCCCGUGCAGGAAGCACCAGAUCCAGAUCUGGAGGAAUCUUCAGCACAGGCACCAAUCUUUGGUGAGGAAGAGCAGGGUUCCAGUACCAUCUCCUCCCCAGGGAUGGGGCAAGAACACAGCCAUGGAGGAGUUAUUUUCUCUGAGCCCCACGUUCCAGGCCUCCGUCUGGAUGAGAAAGACCUUGAUGAUAAUUUUCUGGCGAAGACUGAGGCUCUCUCUCCAACUGAAGUUGACCUCCCAUGGGAGCUGGCCACCACCCUGGUAUCUGAUGUUCAUGAGCCAGCUUCUGUGAAGACCACGGAGGAGCCCACCGAUGACCAGAUAACCACAGACACUUGGUCUACACCGGUAAACAUUGAACCCUUGCCACAACCCAGGAGGCAGGAGGAAGAGCCUCCACUGGAUAAGAUCUCCUCAGCUGAGACCCAGAUAGUCAAAUAUUUUUACACAGGUGGGGAGACUCAUCCACAACUAGACAUGAAGUCUUCCGAAGACCUCCCUCCCACCAUGAGGGCAGAGGUCUCAAGUGUGCCUGAAUCAUUUGAAAAUUACUCUUUAGGGACACAAGAUGUCCCACCCCAGUCACAUCGACAAGAAAAACCAGACAGUGUCCUGCUGGUGGAAAAUAGUCCAAGCACUCCAUGGGUUCCAGCUAGAAAGAAAGGCACGGAGUCUUUUGGGGGAGAGUCCUCCACAUCCAGACAUUCUGAGAGAGAAGGGCAAGGCAUGGGAGACACCACUCUGGAAACCAUAAGCACGACUUUUCCGUCUAUGCAGCCCAGGGAAGUGACACACGGAACACUGCUGCACAGAGGAAUCACCGCAGGAGCAAAGGAGAAGCCAAGCCAAACGGCCAGUGCACUGCCAGCGCUGCCCGCUCAGCCCUCCCGAAGGAGACCCAGCGGGAGGAGGAGACUGCGCCCCAACAAAUCUCGCCAACGCCAGAAACAAAGCCCAAUGACAAUCUCUGCCCCCACAGGGACCUCUCCCACCCCACCUUCUCCACUGUCUGAAACAAGGAUUCCAGAGCCAGCACAGAGUUCUGCGAUCCCCACCUCUUGGGUGGACACCACCGUUCAUGUGCCCAAGGUGUGGGAUGUGGAGAAGCCUGCAGAGUCUGGAUCCAGGGGGACCUCUCGGAAAAGAAAAGGGAAGAGGCCCAAUAAACACCGACCAGGCAAGGCUGCAAUGACCCCAAAGAUGUCUGUGUCCACGCCCAGCUCUUCACCGGAAGCUGAACGUGAGCCAGCCAUCACUUCUGGUUCAGAAACUCUGCUUUCACCUCCAGAAACUGGAGACCCAGACGUGGUGAUCAGACUAGAAGAUUAUAUGACAACUGCCCCCCAAUCACCUACACCUUACCGUACAGCCCAUGGGACAGUUCCGGUCACAUACCAACCUGUAGCAGAUACAGAAGAAAUGACCUCUAGUGGUGUCACCCAUGUUAAUAGUCAUGGAAGUGACAGCUGGCUCUCGUCCAGUGAGCCUGAUGAUGAGGGAUUCUCAGUGCCUCACCCCUCGGUGUCCACAGUGGGAGAAUCUGAGGCUGAGACUCUGUCUACGGGUGUCCCUGGAAUCCCAACCUGGUAUCUUUACAGGACAGCCAAGCCUGGGACAUCGACCACAGACACUCCUGGAACUGGACUAGAGGAAGGCUUUACAGACCCUUCUUUUUUUAAAGAGCUGGAGGGUGUGGAUGCCACUUCUCAAGUGGCACCAGCUGUGACCAUCUCCAUGUCAGCCCCACCAGUUGAAAUCAAGUCUCCCACCACCUUCCCAAGCAUGACGAUAGAGCUGUCUUCACGUCUGGCAGAAAGCACCCCUGGAGAAAGCACGGUGGUCCACAUUCCUGCUGAAACGACACCACAGAGUCCCCUCCCCACUCUUGCCUGGGUGGAGGAAGCAGCUAUCUCAUCCUUACCCAUGGCUGCUCCAUCUUUAGUGGCAACCACCGUGAAGCCGGUACCUGUUACCUCAGGAGCACCUCCUACACAGACCGAUUCCAACGAAAACAUCUCCUUGAAUUUGGUGGGAAAUCUUGAAACCAAGUCACCUGUAGAGAACAGACCGGGAGUCCUGCAUCAGUGGAGACCCAAACAAUUGUCUACCCCGUCUCCCAACUGGGACAGAUUUCAUGAAUCUGCAAAGCAAGAGCUGGCAGAGGGACAGCUUGAUGGCAGGACCACAAACAGCUUCCUGCAGGGUCCAGAGGGUCACCUCCAGCAUGCAGAAGGCCACACAGCAUGCCCACCAGCCAGAGACCCUGCAAAACCCACCCUACCAAGGGAAACAGGGACGCCACCACCCAAGGCCACCCAAAGCCCGUUUAGAUAUGUCACAACAUUCCCACCACCUCGUCACUUCACCAACAAACCAGAGAUAACUUCGUACCCCUCCAGGCUUUGGCCAGAGAACAAACCGUUCACAACUCCAAAGUUACUCAGCACGACACCUCCUGUUCCAUUACACCCGUCCAAACCUAGUGUCUCUGGUAGGCUGACCGACCAAAGAACAAACCAGUUCAAUGGAUAUUCCAAAGCAUUUGGAAAUAAUAACAUCCCCGAGCCGAGAACCCCCAUCCAGGAGCUUCCAAAGCCAAGACCGCCCUACUAUUCCAGUGGAAGAUUCCCUUUCUUUGCCAACAGGACCUUCACUUUCCCCCAGCUGAGAGUCACCCUUAAGCCCCAGACACCCACCACUCCAGCACCAGUAACAGGGGAAAGAAAACCCACCCCUGGCCCCUAUAGCAGGUUUCCUUCUCAGGGCUUUCUUCAUGUGGAUUUGGGGCCCCCAGCACCCCCGGUACUGCACCUGUCCCGGACCACCACGCCACCUCCAACUCACUUCCAGAACAGCCCCCUGGUCUACACUACCCGGAGCUCCGGUCCCGCCCUGACAUCUCCCGGCCAGUCGCCUGGGAGUUCCCAUGACAACAGCAUACAGAUCUUUGCUAGAGGACCUCCUGCUUCCAAAUUCUGGACGCUGGGAGAAAAGCCCCAAAUUAUCACCAAGUCCCCACAGACACUCUCUGUCACUGCAGAGUCAGAUGCGGCUUUGCCCUGUGAGGCGACGGGGAAACCCAAGCCCUUCAUCACCUGGACAAAGGUUUCCACAGGUGCCCUGAUGACGCCCAGCACGCGUGUCCAGCGCUUCGAGGUCCUCGCCAACGGGACCCUGCUCAUCCGCAGGGUUCAGGUUCAGGACCGCGGCCAGUACCUGUGCACGGCCAGCAACGCCCACGGCGUGGACAAGAGGGGCGUCCUGCUCUCCGUCACCGUGCAGCAGCCGCGGAUCUUGGCGGCCCCCUCCCAGGACGUCACGGUGCACCUGGGGGACACCAUCUCCGUGGAGUGCCUGGCCAGAGGCACCCCGGCGCCCCAGAUCUCCUGGAUCUUCCCGGAUGGGAGGGUGUGGCACACGGCGUCCACCGCAGAGGGCAGGGUCACCUUGCACGAGAACAGGACCCUGUCCAUCCGGGACGCGUCCUUCGCGGACAGCGGCGUGUACAGGUGCGUGGCCAGCAACGCGGCCGGCACGGACAGCCUGGCCAUCCGGCUGCAGGUGGCCGCGCUGCCCCCGCGCAUCCGCCAGGAGAAGGCGGAGAACAUCUCGCUGCGCCCGGGCCUCAGCGUCCACAUCCACUGCUCGGCCGAGGCGGCUCCUGCGCCCGCCCUGCGCUGGGUGCUCCCGCAGGGCGCCCACAUCCGCCCCUCGCAGUUCCUGCACGGCCGCCUCUUCGUCUUCCCCAACGGGACGUUGUUCAUCCGCAACCUGGCGCCGCGGGACAGCGGGCGCUACGAGUGCGUGGUGAGCAACGCGCUGGGCUCGGCGCGCAGGGCAGUGCAGCUCACCGUGCAGCGCACCGCGGCCCACGCGCGCAUCGCCAGCGCCUCGCCCCGCAGGACCGACGUCAGCUAUGGGGGGACCCUGCGGCUGCACUGCAGCGCCUCAGGGGACCCCUGGCCGCGCAUCCUCUGGCGCCUGCCGUCCAAGCGCAUGAUCGACGCGCUCUUCAGCUUUGACACCAGGGUGAGGGCCUUCAGCAAUGGGACCCUGGUGGUGAAAUCCGUCACCGACAAAGACGCUGGCGACUACCUGUGCGUGGCGCGGAAUCAGGUCGGGGACGACUACGUGGUCCUGGAGGUCAACGUGGUGAUGAAACCCGCCAAGAUCCAGUACAAGGAGGAGAAGGACCACAAGGUGGUGUACGGCGGCGACCUGAAAGUGGACUGUGUGGCCACGGGGCUGCCUAACCCCGAGAUCUCCUGGGGCCUUCCCGACGGGAGCCUGGUCAACUCCCUCAUGCAGUCGGACGACAGCGGGGGCCGCACCAAGCGCUACGUGCUGUUCAACAACGGGACCCUGUACUUCAACGAGGUGGGCAUGCGGGAAGAAGGCGACUACACCUGCUUCGCGGAGAACCAGGUGGGCAAAGACGAGAAGCGGGUGCACGUCAAGGUGGUGGCCGAGCGCACGGCCCUCCGGAACAAGAGCUACUCCACGGCACACGUGUCCUACGGGGACAUGGUCAGCCUGUCCUGCGAAGCCCAAGGUGAGCCCGUGGCCAAGGUGACCUGGCUCUCUCCGACCAACAGGGUGAUCCCUCUGUCCUCUGAGAAAUACCAGAUUUACCCGGACGGCACUCUCGUCAUCCAGAAAGCCCAGCGGUCGGACAGCGGCAACUACACCUGCACGGUCAGGAGCAGCGCGGGAGAAGACAGGAGCACCGUGUGGGUCCAUGUCCACGUCGAGCCCCCCAAGAUCAACGGGAACCCCGAUGCCAUCACCACCGUGCGCGAGAUCGCAGCGGCCGGGAGCCGCAAGCUCAUCGACUGCAAAGCCCAGGGAAUCCCGCCUCCUCGGGUGCUCUGGGCCUUCCCAGAAGGCGUGGUUCUGCCCGCCCCCUACUACGGGAACCGGGUCACCGUGCACCACAAUGGCUCCCUGGACAUCAGAAGUCUCAGGAAGAGUGACUCCGUGCAGCUGGCAUGCAUCGCCCGCAGCGAGGGCGGAGAAGCCAGGAUGAUGGUACAGCUCACCGUCCUGGAGCCGGUGGAGAAGCCAGUCUUCCAUGACCCGGUGAGUGAGAAGAUCACAGCAACAGCGGGCCACACCAUCAGCCUCAACUGCUCGGCCCGGGGGAGCCCACCGCCUACCCUGCUGUGGGUGCUGCCCAAUGGCACGGAGCUGCGGAGCGGCCAGAGGCUGCACAGGUUCUACCACAAAGGUGACGGCAUGAUGCACAUCACGGGGUUGUCCCCCGUGGACGCAGGCGCUUACCGCUGUGUGGCCCGCAACGCCGCCGGCCACACGGAGAGGCUGGUGUCCCUGAACGUGGGACUCAGGCCUGAGCCCAGCAACCAGUACCACAACCUGGUAAGCAUCGUCAACGGCGAGAGCCUGAAUCUGCACUGCGCCCUCCCUGGUGGCCCCUGGCGGGGCCGCUUCUCUUGGACGCUGCCCAAUGGGAUGGUGCUGGAGAGCCCCCAGGCGCUCGGGCGCUUCUCCGUCCUGGACAAUGGCACCCUCACUGUGCGGGAGGCCUCAGUGUUCGACAGGGGAACCUACACGUGCAGGGUGCAGACGGAAUACGGCUCCUCCGCGGUGACCAUUCCCGUCAUUGUCAUUGCCUAUCCUCCCCGUAUCACCAGCCAGCCCAUGCCCGUCAUCUACACCAGGCCCGGGGGGACAGUAAAGAUGAGCUGUGUGGCCAUGGGGAUCCCCAAAGCUGAGAUAUCAUGGGAGCUGCCGGAUAAGUCGCACCUGAAGGCGGGAGCACAGGCCCGUCUGUACGGAAACAGGUUCCUGCAUCCGCAGGGCUCACUGACUAUUCAGCAAGCCACGCCGAGGGACGCCGGCUUCUACAAGUGCACGGCCAAAAACAUCCUGGGAACGGACUCCAAAACCACCUACGUCCACGUCUACUGAGACAGCUGUGCAGCAAGGUGGAUCACAGGGUCCUCCUGUGGGAAGGGACCACAGUGUGCCAUUUGGAAGGAAAUCCAGGGCUCGGUUUGGAAGCCACAGGGAUUCACAGCGCACAUUAGCCCCUGCUGGGUUCCAAGCUGGGGUUUGCCUUGAUUUAAGAUCCCUGGAUUUCAAGUUGAGGUCCACUUUGAUUCGAGUUCCUUGGCUUUGGAGUUGAAGUUGAUCUUAAUUUGAGCUCCUUGGUUUUCAGGAUGAGGUAGAUCUUACCCUCAGCUCCUUGUGUGGGAAGUAGAGGUCAGUCCAAAUGUAAACGCCUUUGGCUUCAAGUUAAAACCUUGAAUUGGCCUCUUGUGUUGGAAGCUGAGCUUGACCUUGAGCUAGACUUCUUGGGCUUGAGUUUGAAAUUAGCCUUGAUUUAGGUGGCUUAGAUUUCAGGAUAUGGUUGACCUUGACCUUGACAUUCUUUGACUUUGAAACUGAGGUCAAACUUGACCUGAGGUCUUCAGAUUUCACGUAGUCAACCUUGAUCUAAGCUCUUGGGUUACAAGUUGAGGUCAACCUUGACCUAGCCUCCUUGGGUUAGAUGUUGAGGUCAACCUUGACCUAGGUCCUUGGGUUAGAGGUUGAGGUCAACCUUGACCUACACUCCUUGGUCUUCAGGAUAAGGCCAACCAUGGCUUAAGCUCUUUGAGUUUGAUGUUGAGGUUGGCCUUGACUCAGGUUGCUUGGAUUCCAGGUUGAGGUCAACCUUGAUCUAGACCUUUUGGGCCAGGAUAGAGGUCGACCUUGGGUUUACAGAUGAGAUUGACUCUGACCUAGGCUCCUUGUGUGUGUUUUCCAAGUUGGGGUUAGCCUUGACCUUGGUUCGGUGACCCAGGAAGUUCUACAGACAGCAGGAAGGAGGACUCCUUGAGAACCUUCUUCUAUGUUUACAGCAUACCAUGAACCCCCGCCUUUCCAGGGCACUUCCCUUGGCCUUUCCUGGGACACAGGAUCCCAGGAAAUUUUGCAAUUGUGCAAACGUCACGUGCCUCUCUCCAUGAGUAUCUGUAGGAUAUUUCAGGAGCAUUUUCUGAAAGCAAACUGCCUCAAUGAGCAGUGCCUUGAUACCCCAUGGAAGACUCCUCAACUAGCUAACCCACCACAGCUUUCACAUGAUGGAACAUUCUAGAACAACUCAGUUGCUGUUACGUUGUCCCUGGCCUCAAACCUGCAGUGUGUCCAAUAAGGUCUUAAGACCAUGGUGAUCAUUGUUUUUGUUUAAAUCUCAGUUCCAUGCUUUACAGCUACUGUUUUAGAUGAAAGAACUCUUUCACCCUGAAAGUCACUUUUUGUAUACUGUUAUAUAUAUAAAUAUAUAUAUAUAUUUUUCCUUCUAAUGAGAUGAUGAGACUAGAAAGGGAAAUACUUUCUAUCUCAUUAAAAAAUAAUAAAUUAUUGGUCUUUACAAGACUUGGAUACAUGACAGCAGAUAUGAAAAUCCAAUUAGUGAAAAAAUAAAAAAUAAAAACCAAAUUUCUCUCCAAUCUCCUUCAAAUGCAAUAACCACUAUUAGGUUCCUUCUCCCAGGCUGGGAUGUUGAAUAUCCUUGUGUGUAAAAUCAGUGUUGAAAGCUGUGGUCUAUAGGGGGGACAGGAGGUGAGAGGAAAGGAAAACGUAAGUCAUAAGCUCACACAACCAAAUACAGAAGUUUCCAGAAAAGCCUGGAAACUUCUCUGUAGGACCAAAGCUCUCUGUGUGGUCCAAGCAAUUUCCCUCCCCUCAGCUGUGGGCAUUGUUCCAUACUCAUGCACAACGAGAGAGCUCUUAUUUUCAUGGCUGCUUUCCUGUAUUUUGAAGGCCCACUCACUGUACAUUUGGUAAUAAAGUAAUAUUUUCCAAA